GGGGGUGCCGCGGCCCCGGGCGGGGGCUCGGCGCGGGCCCGAGGGAUGCCGGUGUCGGCGGCCCGAGCGGCUGCAGCUGCAGCGGCGGGGGAGGCGGCAGCCGGGCCCGGGAGGGGGGCUACGCGGGGGGCCGACGCGUAGCCGGGACCAUGGAGGGGCAGAGCGGCCGCUGCAAGAUCGUGGUGGUGGGGGACGCGGAGUGCGGCAAGACAGCGUUGCUGCAGGUGUUCGCCAAGGACGCCUACCCCGGGAGUUAUGUCCCCACCGUGUUUGAGAACUACACCGCCAGCUUUGAGAUCGACAAGCGCCGCAUUGAGCUCAACAUGUGGGACACUUCAGGUUCCUCUUACUAUGAUAAUGUCCGACCUCUGGCCUAUCCUGAUUCAGAUGCUGUGCUCAUCUGCUUCGACAUUAGCCGACCAGAAACACUGGACAGUGUCCUCAAGAAGUGGCAAGGGGAGACUCAGGAGUUUUGCCCCAAUGCCAAGGUUGUGCUGGUUGGCUGUAAACUGGACAUGCGGACUGACCUGGCUACGCUGAGAGAGCUGUCCAAGCAGAGGCUUAUCCCUGUUACACAUGAGCAGGGCACCGUGCUGGCCAAGCAGGUGGGGGCCGUGUCCUAUGUGGAAUGCUCCUCCCGGUCCUCUGAGCGCAGUGUCAGAGAUGUCUUCCACGUGGCCACAGUGGCCUCCCUUGGCCGUGGCCAUAGGCAGCUGCGCCGUACUGAUUCACGACGGGGAAUGCAGCGAUCUGCUCAGCUGGCGGGACGGCCAGACCGGGGGAACGGGAACGGGAGUGAGGGCGAGAUACACAAGGAUAGAGCCAAGAGCUGCAACCUCAUGUGAGGGGCCCGGUGGGGGCAGAGUGUGAGGAAGGGAGAUGAGGGCACAGCUGUCCCCCUGCUGGCCCCCGGCUUCCUGACCUCCUGACUCUGGCUGGGACUUCAGGGCUGGCGAGUGAGCAAUUCUCCUGGGCAGGGAGCUGGAGGCAGAAGGGUGCCACCAUUCCCCACAUCCUCAUUCCGCUACUUUCCGUGGCAAGUUGAGGAGCUAGCAGGGCAGGGAUCUGCACUGGGAGCUGGGAUGGGGCCGGGGGCCUGGGGAAGCUGGCAUCAAGCAGUGACCUUGGUUGAGUCUCAGUGUAUGAAGGGUGCCUUCCCUCCCCACCUCCAGUCCUUGUGUCCUGGUCAUGGCUUCCUUCCCUAAGGAAAGUAUCUAUUCUCUGACCUUCCCUUUCCCUCUCCUCUCACUAUAGCUGUUCUCACUCAUCCUAACCUUCAGGCAACAGGCAUUAAAUUAAAAAACAAGUUGAGAAGCCUCUCUCCCACCUACCGCCCCAGUCCUAGUUCCCUUCCUCUCCCAUCCUCCAACAGUCCCCAAAUAAAGCCCGUGUCCAUGGAAAA